UUGAACCCACACUACUACACUGUCUGAGCCAAGGACUACAUGCUUUCUGUGAUGCUCAAACGAUGCCUAUAGUCGACAAGCUCAAGGAGGCCCUGAAGCCCGGCCGGAAGGACUCCUCGGCGGGGGACGAUGGCGACCUCAAUAAGCUGCUGGCCUCCUCGGCCAAGAAGGUCCUGUUGCAGAAGAUUGAGUUUGAGCCGGCCAGCAAAGGCUUCUCCUAUCAGCUGGACAGUCUCAAGACAAAAUAUGUGAUCCUCAACCCACGCGGCAGUGAGGGGGCCACGUCGGGUCAGAGGGCCAGCACAGAGCCCGCUCCGAUCAAGAGGCAAGUUUCAGACAACCAGUGUGGGGGCCAGAGUGAUGGGAUCCCCGCCCCCCAGAAGAUGCUCUUCCCUGGGAACAGACUCUCCAUGCGUUGGGAGCGUGUCUACCGGGUGGGAGCCGGCCUCCACAACCUGGGCAACACCUGCUUCCUUAACUCCACUGUGCAGUGUCUCACCUACACACCGCCCCUGGCAAACUAUCUCCUUUCCAAGGAGCACAGUCGUGCCUGUCACCAGUCGGGUUUCUGUAUGAUUUGUAUAAUGCAGAACCACAUCAUCCAAGCCUUUGCCAACACAGGAAAUGCCAUCAAGCCUGUCUCCUUCAUCCGAGACCUAAAAAAAAUUGCCAGGCACUUUCGGUUCGGUAGCCAGGAAGACGCCCAUGAAUUCUUACGCUACACCAUCGAUGCCAUGCAGAAAGCCUGUCUGAACAGCUACCCCAAGUUAGACCGGACGACACAGGCCACCACAUUGGUCCACCAGAUAUUUGGCGGUUACCUCAGGUCGCGAGUUAAGUGUUCCAUUUGCAAAAGUGUGUCAGACACGUACGACCCUUACUUGGACAUCGCUGUGGAGAUUCGACAAGCAGCAAAUAUCGUCCGAGCCCUGGAGCUCUUUGUCAAGCCUGACGUGUUGAGUGGAGAGAACGCCUACAUGUGUGCCAAGUGUAAGAAGAAAGUUCCGGCAACAAAGCGAUUCACAGUCCACCGAACGUCCAAUGUUCUGACCCUGUCUCUCAAGAGGUUUGCCAACUUCAGUGGAGGAAAAAUCACCAAGGACGUUGGCUACCCAGAGUUCCUGAACAUCCGCCCCUACAUGUCUCAGAGCACAGGGGACCCGGUCAUGUAUGGCCUCUAUGCUGUCCUGGUGCAUUCUGGGUACAGCUGUCAUGCUGGCCACUACUACUGCUAUGUCAAGGCCAGCAACGGGCAAUGGUACCAGAUGAAUGACUCGAUGGUCCAUUCCAGUAACAUCAAAGUAGUCUUGAAUCAGCAAGCCUACGUUCUAUUCUACCUGAGGAUCCCAGAGACCAAGAAGAACGUGGAUGGCCAGAUCACCAAGCAGGGAAUGGGGAAGAACGUAGCGACGUCAGAGCAGUUCAGGAAGACCAACCUCAACAGACCCCUGUCCUCUCCGCAGGUCACCAAGGUAUGGGACAGGCUGGCAGAACGGUCCGUCAUCAGAAUGUUUGAAAGCAAUACGAAACUGGACCCUUUCCAGCUGCGUAAGAUUCAGUCCGUAGAGGGCGGCCUGGGCAUACCCGUGUCUAGGAACGGCGCCAACAUCUCCCAGCAGCCCAACAAGAUGUCCAACGGGACGUCCUCCCACGCACCCACCAGGAUACCCAGUGGACCCAUGCUGAUCGAGGAGCCCUUCAAGAAGCUGAAGAAGCCCUGUCCUCCUCAGCAGCCCCAGGCGCGCAGCAGCACCCCCGCCCCCUCCAACGGUGUGGGCGGCAGGUCGGACGGCGGAGACCGGAGGCACGGGAACCAAGGGGCCAGGGGCCUGGCCGCAUCUACCUCACUCAAGUCCCUGUCAGACUCCUCCUCUGCAGACACCUCCGACUCAAAGGAUUCCAUGGGUACCAAAAGUGCGCCGGUUGGUGGGACGUCCACCCCCCCUAGGAAUGUCUCGAACGGCAUGGCCUCCCCUGCCAAGAGUGUGGAGCGCGUGGGCACGGAGGAGCAGAAGACGGUCAAGCUAAAACCCCUGGCCCUCAACAACAUCACAUCUUCACCCACCUGCACCACGUCUCCCCCACCCGCCAAGAAAUUGGCCCUGUCGGCCAAGAAGGCCAGUCGCAGCCGGAGUCCGAGCAGCACUGAGGCUCAACACCCCCACCUGCCACGCCAUCCGUCCAGCGACCGCACGCAUCCUGCUCAACUUAACCUCACCUUCACCUCACCCACUCACAGUCACAGGGUUGGUCCAUUCCAUUCACCCAAACUGCAAUCUCCACCUGCAGCCCACCAUGUCCACUCAGGCAUCCCAUCUAAGCAUCAGAGUCCCCAGAAAUCAAACUCCACCCUCUCUCCAAAAACCAAUGGGCUUCAGACCCACCUACCAAAGAGCCCUAAACCUACCGAGACCCCCAGUCUGUCAGAGCCUGGCCCAAGCAGUUCCGCCACCUCCUUAAAGAAGAAAAAGAAGAAACGGCGUCACUCUGAGAUGGAAGGCGGAGAGCGAGAGCCAGCACUGGCCUACGUCAUCCCAGACAUCCCCGCUGAGCCCGAACUGAUCGAACCGGCCAGUGAGAGGAAGAGGAGGAAAAGGAGAAAGAAGAGGAAGAGGGAGGAAGAGGAUGGAGAUGCAGCCGUGAACCACAGGGAAAGGGUUCAGUCUCAUCUGGAGGCUUCACUGCCGGCACAAGAGGAGGACUGGUGUCAGGGGGGAUCAUGGAGACUCAGCCCCCCUGACCAAAGAGCCCUGGAAGAACCAAAGCUGCCCCAUCCCCAGCCUAAGAGUAAGCUCCAGGUGGUUCUCCAGUGUGGUGCGAAUCAAGGAGAGCAGAGUAUGGACACUGUGACGAUGAUGAAGAGGAGGAGGAGGAGGAAGAAAAGGAGAUUGGAGGAGGGACCGGAGGAAGCAACAUUAACACGUUCUGUUUCAGAAAGCAGUUCUGGGACGAAGGACACGGUUGUUGAAAACGGUGCUGGGGGUUCUACUGCCCCAAAGAAGUUAAAGAAGCGCAGGCUAAAAGAAGAGGUGAAACUGUGGGAGGAAAGCAGACGUUGUUGCUCCGGCGACCAGAGGAGCGACACUGACGCAGCGGAGGCCCUUCCCAAGAAGGGCACCGUGGAGAGCACCGCUGGAGUGAUCGUGUGGGACAGCCAGGUUAAGGAUGGCUACAAGCGCUCCAAGGCUCCCGCUGCAGAAGCAGUAGAGGGUGGUCCUGGGGAUGUCCCCCACCCAGCCCCCAUGGUCUGGGAUGGCAAGAGGAGUGGUGGAGUGGUUGAGGAGCUCCUGAAGAACUCUUUGGACAAAGCCUAUGGAACCCAAGUCCUCAGCUGGGAGGGAGAGGCAUCUGCCAUCAGUAGGGAUGCCAUUGACGACACCCGCGAUGCCAGAACCGACAUGGUGAUUGACGAGUGGGAUGAGGACUUUGACAGUGGAAAGGUGAAGAAAAUGAAAAAGUACAAGCGAGAGAAGAGGAGGAGCGGCAAUAUCUUCCAGAAGAUCCAAGACCGGCGGAGCAUGUGGUCGGUCACACCCGGCGCCAAGAAGACCGGCUUUGGAUACCGUCACUGAGAGCCAACCAGAAUGGAUGUUUGGAUACAGUCACUGAGACCCAACCAGAAUGGAUGUUUGGAUACAGUCACUGAGAGCCAACCAGAAUGGAUGUUUGGAUACAGUCACUGAGAGCCAACCAGAAUGGAUGUUUGGAUACAGUCACUGAGAGCCAACCAGAAUGGAUGUUUGGAUACGGUCACUGAGAGCCAACCAGAAUGGAUGUUUGGAUACAGUCACUGAGAGCCAACCAGAAUGGAUGUUUGGAUACAGUCACUGAGAGCCAACCAGAAUGGAUGUUUGGAUACAGUCACUGAGAGCCAACCAGAAUGGAUGUUUGGAUACGGUCACUGAGAGCCAACCAGAAUGGAUGUUUGGCCACAUACAGUACAACCGAACUGGAGUGACGACACGUGACACCACUGUAACAAUGUGAAUCUUUUUUUAAUUGCUUGGCGGUUCAUACCCUGAUUGCAAGACCAUGGCCAGUUGACAGAACAACACAUCUUUGAUCUGUGCUGGUCUCUUCACUAUAGAACUUACCGCAAGUCUUCCUUUGAUGACCGACUCUGGUGAGCUGACCAACAUGGGCUGUGAUGUUACCACCCGUCAGCCAGGGUUCAGCAACAGGAUUCAGCAACAAUGAGUUGACCAUUGCUUCUACGCCGUUGUCUCAGAUGGAUAUGAAAAUAUUGUUCAGUCAAUGGUGCUCAAGCUGCUCAUGAACAUGAUGGAUUUACCGUACUGUGAUGAGCUUCCAUCUGUGGUAAUAACAUGACACUAUGUUAUGUUAGGAAUUCAGAACAAGUCAUGUCAGGAGUUCUCAUAUUUGUACAUUUGACAUGGUGGGGCUACUCUAGGAGACGGUUCUGGGGUUUUCUAGCCGGUAUCAAAGGAUGUGGCAUGCACCAUAUAGCAUUUAUCUGUGUGAAAGGCUGAGGUGAGAUCUUGUAUCAUGUAUACUAGAUAACCCUUACCCAUCAGCUAAAUGUAUUGAAACCUAUGAGGGAGACACUUGUGUGUUGUGUUCAGGUGGGCGAAACGUGCAGAACUUUGAAUUAUAGUAAUGUAUAGAGCUGAAAUGAUUUCCUAUAGAAAAUCAUUGUGUUCUACUCAAUCUAUUUCUCUGAACAUUCUAAAAUGUUGCAACCAGUGAUUUAGUGUAAAAAAAUAAUAAUUUGGUUGGUAAACGUUGAUCGCCGCUCUUGCUGAGUAAAGCAACACUCCCUAUACGUUCAAUUCAUUUUCCCACAAAUGGUGGGUAAACGCUCGGGCAAAAUACAAAAACAUGCGUAAUUGACAUUUCCGUGUGUUUACCCUCUACUACACCACUGGUUACAACCGCUGUGCUGACUGGGUGAUCUGCAGGACAACGGGCCAAUAGAGGUGAACACUGUUCUCCUGACUCGUAUGGCCUAUUCUGUAUGUGAAGACAUGUGGUGACCAUCUCACGCUGAUCACCAUCAGCACAAUCACCAAGUCACCUUUAAAAGAUCCCAAACAUGAACAGGACUGUAGAGGGUGAAUCAUAACUGAUAUGCUUUAUUCCCAUCCUCUCUUUUAGUUUGGGAAUGAUUGAUACUUUUAUGCUUUUAUGGUUUCUUAUUCUGUGUGAUUUCUUUGCCACAAUGCCUUCUUGGUAUGUUCUACAUGACCUGAUAAAACUGACCCACUGUGGCUGCUGCUGACACAUUUACAUAUUCUGAUUCUACUCUUAUUUUACAAGCAUGAAUUUGGAGGGGGAAACAGUCACACGCCUGUCCCACGCAGACAAACGGCCUCCAUCUUUAGUUGAAUCUGAUUGAUUAUUGUAUGCGUGAUGGUGGUAUUUGAAGUUUCCUAUAUCAGAAUAUUCAGUUCUGCGUCCCUAACAGAUUGUUUUUGUUUCCUUUCCUGGGUGAAUUUGAUGGUUCUGAAGAUGAUGUAAUUUGGUAGAUGUGUCAGAAUAGAAAAUUUCAUGGUCGAUUAACACCAAGUGAUGCUGGAAUAUGAAUUGCCCCGACAUCAGCUAAUUGCAAAGUUCAUAGGCGGAUGUCUCUACCCCCAGGUCAAGUUGGGGACUGUAGCGAUAACGUCAAGGCUUUGCCUGUUUGUAACACCACAUAAUCCACCUUUAAUGGAUUAGGUAUAUCAUUGUUUCAUCUGCUUUCUAAUCCAUUUGCUCUCCUUUCUGGUAAAUGGUCCCAUUCUGUUUUGCAAAAGAGGGUAUGAGUGUGAUUCUGGGGUGGGUGGGUUGAAUUGGGAACUUUUUUCAACCCUAGACAUCUACAGUAGGUCAUGAGUGGAGCUAAUUGCUCAUCUCUUCUGCGUGUUAUUCCCAAUGUCUCUAACUACAAGUUGUGUUGGUGACCAUUGUUUAGUAAUGCUCCAUCUCCAGGACCCUGGUCUCUAACUGUGUUGGUGACCAUCAUUUAGUAAUGCUCCAUCACCAGGACCCUGGUCUCUAACUAAAAGUUGUGUUGGUGACCAUUGUUUAGUAAUGCUCCAUCACCAGGUCCCUGGUCUCUAACUAAAAGUUGUGUUGGUGACCAUUGUUUAGUAAUGCUCCAUCACCAGGUCCCUGGUCUCUAACUAAAAGUUGUGUUGGUGACCAUUGUUUAGUAAUGCUCCAUCACCAGUUCCCUGGUCUCUAACUAAAAGUUGUGUUGGUGACCAUUGUUUAGUAAUGCUCCAUCACCAGGUCCCUGGUCUCUAACUAAAAGUUGUGUUGGUGACCAUUGUUUAGUAAUGCUCCAUCACCAGUUCCCUGGUCUCUAACUAAAAGUUGUUGGUGACCAUUGUUUAGUAAUGCUCCAUCACCAGGUCCCUGGUCUCUAACUAAAAGUUGUGUUGGUGACCAUUGUUUAGUAAUGCUCCAUCACCAGGUCCCUGGUCUCUAACUAAAAGUUGUUGGUGACCAUUGUUUAGUAAUGCUCCAUCACCAGGUCCCUGGUCUCUAACUAAAAGUUGUGUUGGUGACCAUUGUUUAGUAAUGCUCCAUCACCAGGUCCCUGGUCUCUAACUAAAAGUUGUGUUGGUGACCAUCAUUUAGUAAUGCUCCAUCACCAGGACCCUGGUCUCUAACUAAAAGUUGUGUUGGUGACCAUCAUUUAGUAAUGCUCCAUCACCAGGACCCUGGUCUUUAACUGUGUUGGUGACCAUCAUUUAGUAAUGCUCCAUCACCAGGACCCUGGUCUCUAACUAAAAGUUGUGUUGGUGACCAUUGUUUAGUAAUGCUCCAUCUCCAGUGAAUUUCAGCUUGGUUGUGCAUCAUGUGUUUUCUGAAUGAAUUUUGGGCCUCAAUAUGAACCAAACAGUUCUUUCUUUGUGUGUUCUAUCCCAGAUAAAUAGUUGCAUGUAGGCUGGUCCCAGGUCUGUUUGUGUGGUUUGGCCAACACCUAUGGCCAUUGUAAAUGUUGGAAAUGCAGCACAGACCUCUGGGGCCAGGCUAGAUUACGUACGUUGCCCCAGGCAUUGUUAGUUUGAAGUUGAUGUAUAUGCUAUUAAUACAUGAUCAUUGUACCAAUCUGUACUCUCUCUAUGCAAAUCACCCACAGACAGUCCAAUUAACUGGUCAUCUGGAACCUGAUGUACCCAGCCAUCCCCCAACCUUACAACCCUCAUGUUCAACCAACCUUCUAGCCAAGUCUACAUUUUAUUACACACCACCACCAUUUUAUCCUGUUUUCUACCAGUAUAUUUGGGGGUGAAAACAUGGGAUCUUCCACUUUAUCUGGGCACUGAUUUUGAUAAAUAGAUGAUAAAUGCUAGUCAUUAAACAAAGCGCUUGGCCAGUGUAGAAUGUACAGUCCGCCUGGUGUUUCCCAAGCUUUCCCCGUCAUCCCUGCAUAGACUUAGCCUUUACAAACCAUCCUGGUCUGAUCGGCUACACGGAAACAGAAUGCAAGCUUGUGAGAUCAGGAUGAUUCGUACGAGGCUAGUGUAGUUCUAGCCACCCAUUGACUUUCAUUCUAGAGAUGUCAGCUUAAACAGUAUAGUUAAUUGAUAAUGUUAAAUCAUUUAAAGAAACUUUUCACAAAUCUUUUAUGUGUUAUAAAAAAUACAGAUAAAAUCUGUAUUUGGAUUGGUGGGGGAUUGUGAGACUUUAAAUAAUUUCUUGCAGAUGGAUGUUCAUAUGUGCGUGUUUCAUACGAUGACACCUUGUUACUGUAGUGUCAUACAGUAUGAGAGCGGUGUCAUCACCAGUUCCAUUGAAUGUGUUUUAAUGUUGACUGUGAAAUGAGCUUUAGGACAUGUUCGAUUCUCAAGGAAACUGACACGAGGACAUUACUGGUGUGACUGAUCCACGUCAUAUUUGCAUUGAUGGUUCUAUAUUUUGCACAGCCUUUUCAGACCAAGGAGAGACCUUUCAUAAUGAAAAGUGACUCUUACCAAAAUGGAUCAUGUAAUUAGCUAUACAGGUGCAAUAAAGUUGUGACUUUGAA